GGCGGGUUAACAGCAACAACUGAUUUGAUUAUACGCGUUAAAGACGUGCAGGAUAAACCACCUUUCUUCACUGGUACAUAUAGAAAAGCUAUCAAUGGACGUAUUACACGUGGAACUGGUGUAAUUCAAGUCAACGCUGUUGAUGGUGAUUCAGGGAUAUCUAACGAGAUAUCUUAUUCUGUUCUAUAUAGCAGUUGUGGAGACUUGUUUGCUAUAGACAAUCACACCGGUGUCAUUUAUGCUGCAACGAAUGUAGAUAUAAAUACAGGAAUAGUCAGCCAACAGUUUGGACUCUGUGUUUUGACCAUAGAAGCAAGUGAAAUAGAAAUGCCACACCAAAAACAGUACGGUUACACAACUACAUCGACAAAUGUUACGUUAAUACUGUUGGGUGUUACAUACAACACACUUCCGAGUGUCAGUCCAGCCUGCAAUAACGCCGGUACUCAAUAUACAACUACAAACACAUCACCCCCUACCAAUAUACCGCUUUCUUGCAAAGAGGACUGGGACUUUGAUAAUCCUUGCAAUAAAAGCAAUGUGCUGAAGGGAGUAACGAAGUUUCCUCACCCUGACUCUAUCUAUAAGUUUUUGAUAUGUGAUGUCUCGGGAAAAACAUUUUCGGCACAAUGUCCAAAGAAUGAGGUUUUUCAUGCUGAUUGCUCUUUGUGUGCAUUACCAAACCAAACCUUUUCAAAGUUAUGUACGAUAUCAAACAAGAUGUUUAGGAAUCCUUGUUCAAAAGAAAAUAUCAUAGCUGGUAAUCUGACUUUUCCCCACCCAGACAGCACAAAUAAAUAUAUACGUUGUGAUAGUCGAGGAAAUGCAUGGGAAGAAGAAUGUUUCUCCGGCUCCUUCUGGGAUCAAACACAGAUGAUUUGUGUGUUACCUGAAGCUUUCAAUCCUUGUCACAACGUGGCAGCAUUGUCCAGACACUUUAUCCUCACUACUGUAAUCCUCGCUUAUACGUCCAGUGUGAUAACAACGGUCAUCCUUUAGUUCACAUGUGUCAGAAGGAUUACGUGUUUCUACAUUAUGAUUUACUUGUUCUCCACCUGCGUUUCCAGGUACAAAAUAUCUAAGGUACACAUGUAACUAGGCUUGAAAGAAGUCGCAUAUUAAAAAAACAUUUUCACCACAGAAAUUCUUUUGUUUUAUUCAGAUUGAUGAUUUUUACUAUAUAUUAUACGAUGUAAAUAUGCAUAUAUAUAUAAGCAUUC